ACUCCAAAUUUGAACCAGACUCCAAAAAAUUCCUGCGUAAUUGCAUGCCGAACAGUAGCGCACGCCUCUCUUUUCAGGCCGAUCCCCAGUCCAGUAGAUAAUUAGUCGAGCACCAGAGUGGCCACCUAUUCUGCCUCUCCCAUAACUUGCAAAUUACCUAGUCUUCUCCCUAUGCUCUGUCUCCCAUUCACUAAUCACUACGGAUAAAAACAUAGAGUUAGAGAGCCUUUUAGCUAUAUAUCUUUCUAUCUACCAGCAGCAGGUAGCAAUGUCUGAUAAAAGUAGUUCAUCGUCCAUCAAAUAUCAGGAGAUGGAGCUACGGCGAGGUCCCUGGACUCUAGAGGAAGAUUCUCUCCUCAUCCACUAUAUUGCCUGCCACGGCGAAGGUCGCUGGAACCUCCUCGCUAGGUCCUCAGGGUUGAAGAGAACCGGCAAGAGCUGCCGUCUCCGGUGGUUGAAUUAUCUGAAGCCGGAUAUAAAGCGCGGCAAUCUCUCCGCCGAGGAGCAGCUCUUGAUCCUCGAACUCCACUCCAAGUGGGGCAACAGAUGGUCUCGGAUCGCACAGUAUUUACCAGGGCGAACCGACAACGAGAUCAAGAACUACUGGCGGACGCGGGUGCAGAAGCAAGCGCGGCAGCUGCGGGUCGAUGCCAACAGCAGCGUCUUCCGUGACGCCGUCCGCUGCUACUGGAUGCCGCGACUGCUCGACGAAGCCUCCGCUUCCGCUGCCAUCGCUGCCGCCGCCACUCCCUUUCUCUCACAGCACCCACCUGACCCUCAGUUUUUACAUGAUCGUCAAGAAUUUGCUCAAUUACCCACCGAGAAUUGCCACUCCCAAGUCCUCAUCCCUCACAUGCCCCAAUCCUCCUCGAACGAUCAGGAUCAACUCGCACGAUUCGAUCCUCCUCCGAUGGAAGCCGCCGCCAUAACGACGCCGGACGAUGUUAGCUUUGAUCCGGCCUUCAGCAAUUGCAGCGAUAUUGUUAGCGACAUGACUAACGGUGGGCAAAGCGAAUGGGGUAUGGAUGAACUCUAUGGCAUGCUGAGAGGCUACAUGAAAUACUAGGUAGAAGACCAUUAUUCCGAUCCCGAUCGAUCAGUAUAACUUGGAUUGAUAUAUAGGUAAAAUUAGUGCGACUUGCGAAUUAUCGUCUGUAAUUGUUAUGAACAUAUUCAUUGGGGGAGAGAGAUGGUGCAUCAUAUAUAAUAUAUAUUUUCUCAAUAGCUCGAGGUUGAUUGAGAAAUUUGGAAGUGGGAGCAAAGUGAUUGAUCGAGCUAGUGGGAAGAGAUGGUGCAAUUGGAUCGAUGCUGGAUUUUUGUGAUGGUACCAUCAAAUCCGAGUGUGAUGGUUGUUCUGAUGCUCCAGUACGCCUGCAAACCAACAACGCUUGAUGUGCCAGCAGCUGAUCAUGCAACAGGGAACGUUCAAACAAAAGGCAAACCGAUUCCUUUAAUUGGAUCAAAAACCAAUAAUGAAAAGGAAAAAAAAAAUAGUUCCAAACUGCUUUAUGAGCAUUGUAGUGGUAGAUCUCUGAUUGAUUGAGGUGAAAUUAGGGUUGGCAUCUGGUUGUUGUGGUGCAUCAUUAUCAUCUAUAGAUAAUUCAUUUUUAAAGCUUCUUUAUGUAAUCGAGCGUACGCUAACUAUGAAUAUGUUAUCAUGUUUAUUAGGCACGUGGAAGAAGACGAUUGUAAAUAUCUUGACAAUGAAUAUGAUCAGAUGACAAAAACAA